AAUAACAACUUUUUGUUAUUGAUAGGUAUCUGUACCCGUCCUCUGCCACCACUGCCAUCACCACCGAUGCAUCCAUUAUCUCACAAUCAGUCCAAUACAACAUUUGCCAGCAAUGAGUCUCUUCGGGAUUACGAGUGGUUUUAUACUGUGGAGAGAGAGGACGCCGAGGCUCUGCUCCUAACCCAAGAAGAAGACGGCGCUUAUCUCGUGAGAGAGAGUAAGAGAGCGGGCAAAUCGAAUCCAUACACUCUCACUAUCUUUCAUAACGGAAGAGUAUUUCAUCUAAACAUUCGUAAAAGACCUGACGGUCUGUUCGCGUUGGGAAAGGAGAAGACCAGAGAAAAGACAUUCAAAACUGUUUCUGAUUUGGUUUCAUACCAUACAUCGGAACCAAUACUAUUGACAACGAGAGGCACUCCCGCGGGAAAGACACUUUGUUUAAAAAUGACUGUUAAUAAACGAGGGAAGGCCUGCUGGCAGAUCCGGACUGCCAGUAAUGGCUCGCUCGACACCAAUCAAUCACUGAGUGUUGAAGAAUGUAUUAAAGCGGCGAUUAUUUUCUUGAUAACAGUCGCUGUGAUUGUGUUGAACGCACUGAUGAUUGUUGUCCUUCACAGCAAAAACUAUUCCCGAUAUCUGAGAGAUUUGCCUAAGAUUUUGAUGACAUCUUUGUCUCUGACUGAUCUGGCGGUCGGCACUCUCGUCACACCAAUCAGUUUCCUAUCGGUUGUCAAUCAGUGUUGGCCAUGGAAUCAGACGGUGUGCGCCAUCGAAGCACUUCUUAUCUCUGCAUUGUUUCACGAGUCGACCCUUUCUUUACUUUGCAUUGCUAUCGAUCGGUAUAUUUGUAUCGUUCAUCCGCUCCGGUAUCACAAUUUGAUGACCAAAAAGGAUAUU